AUGAAGAUUGUGUUCUGUUCUGCUCUCAGUCAUGAAGUGUUAAACUCACAGCACUAUAAACACUCUCAGAGCACUGAAGCAUGUGUGACAAUGCAAAGAAGUGGGCAGGAUUUACAACAGACAAACUACAAUACACUAUGAUCAUUUACAUUCUGACUAAUGUUAUUUUUAGUAACUAUUGUUGAAUCCAGUGGCAGUUCAAGGGUCUCAGAGGUUACAAACAUAAAUGCAGUCUCUUAAUUAAAACUCAAAGUUAAUCAUCAUCAGAAACUCAAUAGGUCUCUGGUUUCAUUUAACUUAUUUCCAGUCAUAUUUCAAAUCUGAAAUGUUACAGAAUGGCAUUUAUCUUGUUUGGCUUCUGUAAAUGUUUGGGUUGAGCAACAGUGGAGGGUUGAAAGACCCUCAUCCAGAACUAUCUGAUCAGGAGCUCUUCUGGACAGUGGAUCAGUAUGACUUUGUCAUCAUGCUGUGUGCCGGAGAUCUCCAGUGCUUCUGGCACUUUGCUCACUAUGGUCCAGCUGGUGACUGUGUGGCCCUUGAUAGACAUCUGUCUGUGAUUGUUAAUGCUCCGAGCGGAUUAAUAAUCGGCACAGCUGACGAUGAAAGUGCUCAGAUUGUCUUCAGUGUUGAGGAGACUGGUGAGUCUCACCUUGAUACGUGUUUUAGUACAUCUGCUGCCCACGUUAUGAACAGAAAAAUCAUCUGUUUCUAGAACUCAAAGAGGAUUUCAUGUGGACCAUGCAGUGAAUCCCAGACAGAGAAUAAUUCAGAGAAUAAAAGUUUGUUUGUUGUUUAUAAAAAUUAAUGUUGUUAAUGUGUGUUUUCUUUCUUCAUGAAACAUUAAAGGAAAAAUUAUACUAAAUUAAUUAAUAUCAAAGUACCAUAUUAAAAUCACACUUUCAAACUCCAAAAAUUACAAACAAAAAAAAGUUGAAUGAAUGAAUGAACGAAUGAUCAUGUGUAUCUCAGCAGGUUUUUAUCAGAUGUGCUUCAGUAAUUUCCACAGUCGCUUUGGGAUCAUGCAGGUUUUCCUGAACUUUGGUGUGUAUUACGAGGGACAAGAGAAGAAAAAGGAAGAAAAGAAGAAAAAGAAAGAAGAGGAUAUGAAACAGAUAAACAUUCAUUGGGGUAAAACACAACUGCAUCUAGCAGAAACAAACACAUCAUUACUGUAAUGUGGGCGACAAACCCCGCUGUUAACAAACACUAAACCUGCGACUGCUUCAUCUCCAUUUAUAACCUGAUCUCCAGUAAUUAUUUGAGUCAGACACGACUGUUUCUUCAACAUCAAACUUUUUAAAAUGUGAAAUGGGUUUAUUUAUUUUUUUCCUUUUAGUAAUAACAAGGUCUUAUUUGAACUUUCCCAGUGUAUCUCCAGAAACAAGAGAAGCAGUGGAUUCCAGUAACAUGAAGCUCCUGUGAGGACGCUGAACAUCUGCUGAUGGAGCUGCUCUAUUCUGAGAGGAACAUAAUCACCUGAUGAUCAAAUAUGAGUUUCACUGUCCACACUUUAUUCUCUGAAAUGAGUCAGAAGAGUUGGACUAAUGGAGAGAUGAGGUUUGUUCAUGUUCAUCAGAACAUUGAGAACAUGAACAUGAGAGUAGCAGUCAAGCAACAGGAGGAUCUACAUACUGUAAGUGUUUUUGUGUUAUUUCUAGUUUGAUUUUAGUGCUGUGUCGUUGCUAGGAAGUUUGUUUACUGUAUUCAUGUGGCAAGUCGCGUUUGUUUCUUGUUUCGCUCUGAGUCAGUAAGGCGUGGCCUGCUGAACUAAUUAACGUUGUAUCAAGCGGGUAUAAAACUCGUGUGAAGCCCUCCUCGUGUGAAGACCGAAGAGUGUAAAGACCAGCGACUCUACCUGCGCGACUCCACCGAGCAAGGACACCGACAAGGCACUUGAGUAUUGCUCUUUUCUUUUUCCUUCUUUCCUUCCUCUUUUAUACAGUUUGUUCUUGUUUGUCUAUCUUGCGACCUGUUUUAGAUAUGUGCUUCCAAAUUCCCACUAUUACUAUCAUUUGUAAAUCGCGUGCCACACGUUGGAGGCAGUGCAAUCAUAACAACCUGCGUAUUUUACUCAUGUCAUCUAGUACAUUACUUUCAAUUUCUAUUGGUCUCUGGAAUUGUCAAUCUGCUGUAAACAAAGCAGACUUCAUUACAUCUAUUGCUAUUCAUUCAGGUCUCCUUCUCAUGGCUCUGACUGAGACAUGGAUCAAACCAGAGGACACUGCCACACCGGCAGCCCUCUCCUCUAAUUUCACUUUCUCUCACACCCCACACCAGAUUGGGAGGGGUGGUGGUACUGGUCUGCUUAUGUCCAAUGAAUGGAAGUUCAAUCCUUUACCAGCUCUCUGUGACUACAGCUCAUUUGAAUCACAUGCAAUUACCAUCACCUACCCUGCUAAAAUCCAUGCUGUAGUGCUUUAUCGUCCCCCAGGUCAGCUAGGUAACUUCUUGGAGGAGUUAGAUGUGUUACUCUCAUCCUUCCCUGAGGAUGGUACUUCUCUGCUAGUACUUGGAGAUUUCAACAUCCAUCUAGACAAACCUCAGGCUGCUGACUUCCGCACUCUGCUUGCCUCGUUUGAUCUCAAGCGAGUGUCUACUACAGCUACCCACAAAUCAGGUAACCAAUUGGACCUCAUCUACACACGCUGCUGCUCCACUGAUAAUACACUGGUUACUCCACUACACACCUCAGACCAUUUCCUCAUCACUUUUAAUCUCAACCUGACCACUAACUCAACACACACUCCACCACAUGUUACUUUUCGGCGAAACCUACGCUCGCUCUCACCCUCCCACCUAUCCUCUUUGGUCUCAUCCAUACUUCCUCCCCCUAAACAGUUCUCAUCAUUGGACACUAACAAUGCUACUGACACUCUUUGCACCAUGUUAACAUCUUGCUUAGAUGACUUCUGCCCUCUCUCAUCCAGACCAGCCCGCGCCACCCCUUCUGCCCCCUGGCUAUCCACUUUUCAAAACUUUCUCUUCUUUACCCUCCUCCCCUCCCUCCCACAUCAGCUCUUACAGCUGACUUUGCCACAUUCUUCACACAUAAAAUAACAACCAUCAGCGGCCAAUUCUCCACACCACAUACUGACAAUAACAUCUUAACGUAAAACAUAAAAAUUCUCCCGUCCUUCUCUAUGCUUUCUGAGGCAGAUGUUUCCAAACUCAUCCUUUCCAAUCACCCUACUACCUGUCCGCUUGACCCUAUCCCCACUCAUCUUCUUCAGGCCAUCUCCUCCUCAAUUGUACCUGCACUCACUCACAUUAUCAAUUCUUCUCUUCACGCUGGUACAUUUCCCACAGCUUUUAAGCAGGCUAGGAUUACACCACUGCUUAAAAAACUCACUCUGAAUCCAGCACUUUUAGAAAACUACAGACUGGUAUCCCUUCUUCCAUUCAUUGCGAAGACACUUGAGAGAGUUGUGUUCAACCAACUGUCUACUUAUCUCACACAGAACAGUCUCCUUGACAACAACCAGUCUGGCUUCAAGAUUGGCCACUCAACUGAGACUGCCCUGCUCUCAGUUACUGAAGCCCUGAGAUUGGCACGAGCAACUUCAAAAUCAUUGGUACUCAUCUUGCUGGAUCUGUCUGCUGCUUUUGACACAGUCAACCACCAGAUCCUCCUGUCAACCCUCAUGUCGAAGGGCAUCUCAGGAACCGCACUCCAGUGGUUCGAGUCUUAUCUCUCAGAUGAUCCGACGGUUGCUGGUCGCAUCGCAGCCUGCCUGACAGCCAUUUCUGCCUGGAUGAAGGACCACCACCUUCAACUCAACCUUGCUAAAACGGAACUGCUUGUGGUCGGUGCCAACCCAACACUUCAUCACAACCUAUCCAUUCAACUUGGGUCGUCAACCAUAACUCCUUCCAGGAUGGCCAGGAACCUUGGAGUGGUGAUGGAUGAUUGUUUAAGCUUCACAGAUCAUAUUGCUACAAUGGCCCAGUCCUGCAGAUUUGCCCUGUACAACAUUAGGAAGAUUAGACCCUUCCUAUCGGAGCAUUCCACACAAAUUCUUGUCCAAGCUCUUGUUCUAUCUAGACUGGACUAUUGUAAUGCUCUCUUGGCAGGCCUUCCAGCAUGCACUGUCAAGCCUCUACAACUGAUCCAGAAUGCUGCAGAAGACUGGUCUUUAACGAACCGAAGAGAGCGCAUGUCACACCUCUCUUCAUCAGUUUGCAUUGGCUGCCAGUAGCUGCUCGCAUCCAAUUCAAGGCUCUAAUGUUUGCCUACAGAACAUCCACUGGCUCUGCAUAUCUGUACCUAAACUCACUACUUCAGACUUACGCACCCUCCAGAAGCUUGUGUUCUGCAAGUGAACGGCGUCUUGUGGUGCCAUUCCAAAGGGGCACAAAAUCACUCUCACGGACCUUCUCCUGGUCUGUUCCUGGUUGGUGGAAUGACAUACCACGCUCUAUCCGAGUUUUUAGCCAUUUUCAAAAAACUGCUAAAGACAUAUCUUUUUCGUCAACACUUGACCCAGCAAUAUUAGCACUUUUUAUUUUACUUUUUUCAAUUUUCUAUUCUCUUUCUCCAUUUAUUUGCAUAUAUUAAAAAAAAAAAAAAAAAAAAAACCCUUACUACGAGCACUUUACUGAUGAAACUUUGACUUGACACGCCACUUACAUACUGUUGUAUUCAUGUUGAUUUGAUUGCUUCUACUAUUCUCAUUUGUAAGUCGCUUUGGAGAAAAGCGUCUGCUAAAUUACUAAAUGUAAAUGUAUGUUUAUAAUGAAACACUGUCAGUGUCUGAA